AUGCAGAUCACACCCAUUGGAUGGUUUGAUUCUGUUGCGGUUGAUGCAUUGGAUACUGACUUACUUAGGGAUGCUGUGGAGCGAGUACGUUUGAUUCAGGGUCGACUAUUGACAGCUCAGAGUCGUCAGAAGAGUUAUGCUGAUAGGAGGGUUCGUCCCUUAGAGUUCAUGGUGGGUGAUUGCGUGUGGCUUAAAAUAUCGCCCAUGAAGGGUGUGAUGAGGUUCGGAAAGAAGGGCAAGCUUAGCCCAAGGUUUGUUGGCCCGUUUGAAAUCCUGAGGAGAGUAGGUGGAGUGGCGUAUAAGUUGGCCUUACCCCCUAAAUUGUCAGCUGUCCAUCCGGUGUUUCAUGUUUCCAUGCUUCGCAAGUACAUACCGGAUGAGUCUCAUGUGAUUUCUUAUGAUGCGGUAGAGUUGAGUCCGGAUUUGACUUAUGAGGAGGAGCCGACAAUUAUUCUAGAUAGGCGGCUUCGUAGACUCAGGACCAAGGAGGUCGCUUCGGUCAAGGUGCAGUGGCAGCAUCGGCCUACUGAGGAGGCGACUUGGGAGUUAGAGUCUGAUAUGCAGGCUCGAUACCCUCAGCUUUUUGAGACCCCAGGUACUUUAUUUUAUCUUAUGUUCGAGGACGAACAUCCUUUUUAGUGGUGGAUAUUGUAAUGACCUUGAGGGUGAUUUUCGUAAAUUUGUACAAAACACGCGUGAACAGUAACACGCGUGAACAGUAACACGCGUGAACAGUAACUUUUUGGGCAGAAAAUGCCCCUUUCUUCCCAUUUCAA